AGAUGAGUCCCAACGUCUGUACUCAAGUACUAAUAAGAUUGUCUGCACGUUUCCCAAAGUACUUGCUUCACUUCAAAUGAAACAAUGAGCAUAAAUGAUGCAAUUUUGCAACCUCAAUAGGCACAUGCGAUGUUUUUUUUUUUUUCCUGCUGAAUACGGAAUCGGGCGUGCUUUACAGUGAAAGGAGUGAGAGAGAUCCGAACAGAAUCCGUUUCUCUUACACAAUUUUUCUCGUCUCAUUUCUCUUUCCUCGUUUAAUCCUUAUGCAUGCAUCUCUCCACUCUCACCCUCGCUCUUUAAUUUUUUUUUCUUUUUCUUUUUUUUUUACUCCCCUGCCUCCUUUACAAUUUGGCUGAGGUCAUUGACAAUUUUGCCUUCAUGCUCAGUUGCAAAUAGAGAAUUUCACCUAUAAAAUGACCACAUCGUCUGGGUUGAAAUCACUCUUCUUCUUGACUCUUGCCGGUGUAGUACCAACAUCUAACAAAAUGGCAUUCAAGCUCUGCAUCGUCGCCGCCCUCGUGGCCAUCGUCAACUGCCAGUACGGCGCCCCCGCCUACAAAUCCGCCUACGCCGCCCCCGCCUACGUCGCGUCCUCAUACGCCGCCCCUGCAUACAAACCAGCAUAUGCUGCUGCCCCUGCUGUAGCUUCCGCCUACGUCUCCAAACCAGUAGCCGCCGCCUACGCUGCACCCGCCUACGCUGCACCCGCCUACGCUGCACCUGCCUACGCUGCACCCGCCUACGCUGCACCUGCCUACGCCUCACCCGCCUACGCCGCCCCGGUCUACUCCGCUCCCGCCUACAAAGCCCCAUCUUACGGAUACGCCCCUUCAUACCCUGAUGCUCACCCCGCCUACAAAUUCGCCUACAACGUACAAGACCCACACACCUACGACGUCAAGAGUCAAGAAGAAUCCCGAGACGGUGACAACGUCCAAGGAGUCUACACCGUUAACGAAGCCGACGGUAGCAAACGCGUUGUUCACUACGCCGACAACGGACACGGAUUCGAAGCCGUUGUCUCCAAGGAAGGAGGUGCUCCCGCCUACGCUGCACCCGCCUACGCCACCCCCGCCUACGCUGCCCCAAAAUACGCCGCCCCUGCUUACCCAGUUGCCCCCGCCUACAAGAAGUAAACUCUUCUCACUCUAAGACUAAUUCAUACCAUUCUUCAUCUAUGUCAUUUUUUCGUGUAAAUAUGUGUAAAUUAUUUCACUUCCAUUCAUGUGAUCAUUGCCAUACUUAGGUAAAUAAAUGAAAAUAGUCAAUUGAAUA